GUUAAUCCUAAUAUUUGAGAUUUGAGGAGUUGGGUUGGAGACGAAUGAUUUCAGCAGAAAUAGGGUGAAACAUGGAGUCCAACGGUCUGGAGGACAAGGAUGUGGGGCCGGAGGUGCAGGUCAGCUUCCCCGAGUCCGUGUCGAGCCGCAUCGAGGAGCUCAUGGGCGGCACCGAGCAGUUCGACAGCGAAGAGUUUGACGCCGUGUCCUACAUCAACCGAGUGUUUCCAACGGAGCAGUCUCUGGCAGGAGUAGACAGCGCAGCGGCGCGCUGUGAAAUGCGGCUGGCGGGUGUGGAGGCCGACAUCCGGCGCCUAGUGAGAGACCAGGCGCAGCAGCGGCAGGACGGCCACGAUGCGCUGUUGCAGGCUCAGCAAUGUAUUGCUGACUUAGCUUUACAGGUGACAGACAUCAACAAGAAGGCAGGUCGCAGCGAGAGCAUGGUCCGCGAGAUCACCGCGGAGAUCAAGCAGCUGGACCGCGCCAAGAGCAACCUCACGGCCGCCAUCACCGCGCUCAACCACUACCACAUGCUGUGCGGCGCGGCCGCCUCGCUCCGCGCCAUGGCCUCGCAGAGGCAGUACAGUGCGCUGUUGCCCCCGUUGCAAGCUGUCAUGCAGGUGCUGGAGCACUUCGAGCGCUACCGCGACAUCCGCUCGCUGAGCGCGCUGCGCGACGACGUCACCGCGCUGCGGCACGCGCUCGCCGCGCAGAUCCUGGCCGACUUCAAGGAGGCCUUCACAGCUGGCAAAGCGAGCACAGUGUCCGCUAAAACUCUGAGUGAAGCGUGCGGCGUGGUGGACGCACUAGAGCCUAAAGUCAAGCGCGAGCUGCUCACGUGGUUCACCACUAUGCAGUUGCAGGAGUACGAGCACCUGUUCUCGGCGGAGCAGGAGUGCGCUUGGCUGACGCACAUCGAGCGCCGCUACGCGUGGCUCAAGCGCCACCUGCUGGCCUUCGAGGACGGCGCCGGGAACGUGUUCCCGAGGGCCUGGAGGCUUAGCGAGCGGAUCACGACGCACUUUUGUGAGGUGACGAGGACCCAGCUGUCGGCGUUGCUGGCGGCGCGGCGGAGCGAGCUGGACGUGAAGCUGCUGCUCUACGCCAUACAGAAGACGUACGCCUUCGAGCUGUUACUGCACAAGAGGUUCCAGGACGAUGGGGCGACGUUGCCCGACAGCGCGGAGCUCUCCGUGGACCCGCAGGCCGUGUUCGACGCCGACGCCAAAGACCCCGGGAGUAUGGGCGGCGCCGCGCGGCCCGCUGGGCCCUGGGUCGGCAUCAUCGGCGCCUGCUUCGAGCCCUACCUGUCCAUCUACAUCAGCAGCCUCGACGCCAACCUGGCCUCGCUCAUGGACAGGUUCAUACAGCAGCCUCGACGCCAACCUGGCCUCGCUCAUGGACAGGUUCAUACAGGUCAGUGCCACAGUCCCGGGGCUCCGCCGCGGGCCCGCGGGCCGUGGGUCGGCAUCAUCGGCGCCUGCUUCGAGCCCUACCUGUCCAUCUACAUCAGCAGCCUCGACGCCAACCUGGCCUCGCUCAUGGACAGGUUCAUACAGCAGCCUCGACGCCAACCUGGCCUCGCUCAUGGACAGGUUCAUACAGGUCAGUGCCACAGUCCCGGGGCUCCGCCGCGGGCCCGCGGGCCGUGGGUCGGCAUCAUCGGCGCCUGCUUCGAGCCCUACCUGUCCAUCUACAUCAGCAGCCUCGACGCCAACCUGGCCUCGCUCAUGGACAGGUUCAUACAGGUCAGUGCCACAGUCCCGGGGCUCCGCCGCGGGCCCGUGGGCCGUGGGUCGGCAUCAUCGGCGCCUGCUUCGAGCCCUACCUGUCCAUCUACAUCAGCAGCCUCGACGCCAACCUGGCCUCGCUCAUGGACAGGUUCAUACAGCUCAGUGCCACAGUCCCGGGGCUCCGCCGCGGGCCCGCGGGCCGUGGGUCGGCAUCAUCGGCGCCUGCUUCGAGCCCUACCUGUCCAUCUACAUCAGCAGCCUCGACGCCAACCUGGCCUCGCUCAUGGACAGGUUCAUACAGGUCAGUGCCACAGUCCCGGGGCUCCGCCGCGGGCCCGCGGGCCGUGGGUCGGCAUCAUCGGCGCCUGCUUCGAGCCCUACCUGUCCAUCUACAUCAGCAGCCUCGACGCCAACCUGGCCUCGCUCAUGGACAGGUUCAUACAGGUCAGUGCCACAGUCCCGGGGCUCCGCCGCGGGCCCGUGGGCCGUGGGUCGGCAUCAUCGGCGCCUGCUUCGAGCCCUACCUGUCCAUCUACAUCAGCAGCCUCGACGCCAACCUGGCCUCGCUCAUGGACAGGUUCAUACAGCUCAGUGCCACAGUCCCGGGGCUCCGCCGCGGGCCCGCGGGCCGUGGGUCGGCAUCAUCGGCGCCUGCUUCGAGCCCUACCUGUCCAUCUACAUCAGCAGCCUCGACGCCAACCUGGCCUCGCUCAUGGACAGGUUCAUACAGCUCAGUGCCACAGUCCCGGGGCUCCGCCGCGGGCCCGCGGGCCGUGGGUCGGCAUCAUCGGCGCCUGCUUCGAGCCCUACCUGUCCAUCUACAUCAGCAGCCUCGACGCCAACCUGGCCUCGCUCAUGGACAGGUUCAUACAGGUCAGUGCCACAGUCCCGGGGCUCCGCCGCGGGCCCGCGGGCCGUGGGUCGGCAUCAUCGGCGCCUGCUUCGAGCCCUACCUGUCCAUCUACAUCAGCAGCCUCGACGCCAACCUGGCCUCGCUCAUGGACAGGUUCAUACAGGUCAGUGCCACAGUCCCGGGGCUCCGCCGCGGGCCCGUGGGCCGUGGGUCGGCAUCAUCGGCGCCUGCUUCGAGCCCUACCUGUCCAUCUACAUCAGCAGCCUCGACGCCAACCUGGCCUCGCUCAUGGACAGGUUCAUACAGCUCAGUGCCACAGUCCCGGGGCUCCGCCGCGGGCCCGCGGGCCGUGGGUCGGCAUCAUCGGCGCCUGCUUCGAGCCCUACCUGUCCAUCUACAUCAGCAGCCUCGACGCCAACCUGGCCUCGCUCAUGGACAGGUUCAUACAGGUCAGUGCCACAGUCCCGGGGCUCCGCCGCGGGCCCGCGGGCCGUGGGUCGGCACCAUCGGCGCCUGCUUCGAGCCCUACCUGUCCAUCUACAUCAGCAGCCUCGACGCCAACCUGGCCUCGCUCAUGGACAGGUUCAUACAGGUCAGUGCCACAGUCCCGGGGCUCCGCCGCGGGCCCGCGGGCCGUGGGUCGGCAUCAUCGGCGCCUGCUUCGAGCCCUACCUGUCCAUCUACAUCAGCAGCCUCGACGCCAACCUGGCCUCGCUCAUGGACAGGUUCAUACAGGUCAGUGCCACAGUCCCGGGACUCCGCCGCGGGCCCGCGGGCCGUGGGUCGGCAUCAUCGGCGCCUGCUUCGAGCCCUACCUGUCCAUCUACAUCAGCAGCCUCGACGCCAACCUGGCCUCGCUCAUGGACAGGUUCAUACAGGACGCGAAGGCCCCGGCGGCGGGGGCGACGGUGGCGGCGGCGGCGGGGGGGGAGGCGGGCGCCGUGCUGUCGUCGUGCGCCGACCUGUUCCUGUUCUACAAGAAGUGCCUCGUGCAGUGCGCGCACCUCACCACCGGGGAACCCAUGCUGGAGCUGGCGGGCGUGUUCCAGAAGUACCUGCGCUCGUACGCCGGCGCCGUGCUGCGCGCUGCGCUGCCGCGCGCCGCGGCCGCCGCGCCCGCGCUCACGCUCGUCGCCAACCUGCACACGCUGGCCACCAACCAGCCGGCCCACACGCAGCGGUACAGUGCGGCGGAGAUAUCUCGCGUGACGUCCGUGAUCACCACGGCGGAGUACUGCCUCGAGACCACCGUGCACCUGCAGCAGAAGCUCAAGGAGAAGGUGGUGCCGCGCCUCGCCGAGCGCAUCGACCUGACGCCGGAGCAGGAGUUGUUCCACGCGCUCAUCGGGGACUGCAUCGCGGCGCUGGUGGCCGAGCUGGAAGCCGCCUGUGAACCCGCGCUGCAGGCGAUGGUGCGCGCGCCGUGGCUGCACGUGCAGACGGUGGGCGACCAGAGCACGUACGUGACGCAGGUCAUCAUGCACUUCAAGAACACCGUGCCCACGCUCAGGGACAACCUGGCCUCCUCCAGGAAGUACUUCACGCAGUUCUGUAUCAGAUUCGCGAACUCGUUUAUUCCGAAGUUCAUCCAGAACAUAUACAAGUGCAAGCCGAUCUCGACGGCGGGCGCCGAGCAGCUGCUUCUGGACACCCACAUGCUCAAGACCGCCUUGCUGGGCCUGCCCUCCAUAGGGUCUGAAGUGAAGCGUCCCGCGCCGGCCACGUACACCAAGGUGGUGAUCAAGCUGAUGACGAAGGCGGAGAUGAUCCUGAAGCUGGUGAUGGCGCCGCUGGAGGGGGCGGGCGGCGCGGGAGGGGGGGAGGCCUUCGUGGCGCAGUUCGUGCAGCUGCUGCCCGACGCCACGCUGCAGGACUUCCACAAGGUCCUGGACAUGAAGGGCGCGCGGCUCGGCAAGGCGCAGCUCGCCGCGCUCGACGCGCUCUUCAAGCACGCCGCGAGGAGCGACAACAACUAG